GUGCUCUCCGCGGUGGCUAUCGGCGAGUGUUAACACCGUAAUUGUUCUUACGCCGUGAGACACCGUGUGGGAGUGAUAAGAAAGAAAGAUCAAGGGAAUCAAGCAAGUGAAUCGGCAGAGUUGACGAGCAGCGCGAGCAAAUGUGUUUACAUAGUGUUUACUUCAAAACAUGUUCAAAAUGUGGGGCAACUCACGAAGCUGAAAGAUGGAUGACGUGAUAUUUAAGGACAGCUGGCGGUACACGGGACAACAAAAUUCCUCGGGGAGUGCGUGGCUUCUAGAAAUGUCUGUCUUGUGAGCAGAAUAAUGUUUAUGGGACAACACAGGGGCUGCUGUGAAUAGUUUGGCGUUUGGAGGCCGAACGCUUGCUUGUGCAUCAUCAGCAACAAUCUGUCCGCUAGCUGCAUUGGAGAAUGAAGAGCUGCGACUGAUUAUUCUGGAUGUUUGCCGUGUGUUCUGGCGGCCUCUCUACACCGUUUAACUAAAAGAGGGUAGCGAGAUUCCUAUACCAGAAAAUGAAAUGCAGAACCGAUAUCACAAUAAUUACCUGCUGUUGAAAGUAAUUAUAAAAUAGGCUGAUCCAACACAGAUCUUGGAACCUAAGCGAAGCAAAGCUUUUAGGAAGCAGUUUAUAAAAUGCUAUUAAUUUGCCAAUUUCAUUCUUGUAUCCUAGGCGUAAAAGAAAAUGACGCGCACGCAUCUCAUCUCACGCAGUCGUGGAGAUCACAUGGGGAUCAUCUCAAAUAGUUAGUUGGCGUUGGCACGAUAGAAGUACUGCGUUCCUUUGUGUUCUAAUAGUUAGAGCGUGGGCUUGUUGUGGUGGCGCACCAAAAUUAAGUCUCACCAUCGGGAAUGUAAUUAAAUGUUUUAUUGUAUCAGCUCUUUGGCAAGCCAGGAGCAGCAACUAGAAGGCACGGCUAAAAAAGCCUGAGAAGGUUCGGAAAGAAUGCGUUCCAUUAAAAAAUAAACUGUGGGGCUUUUCAUGCCGAAGCCACGAAUGAGUAUGAGACAUGCUACACUAGGGUGAGAUGGGUGAAGGGGAGACUACCUAUAAAUAUGUUGACUAGCUCCAACUGACUAAGCGCCCUUGAAAUGUGGCCGCUGCGGCCGGGCACGGAGACCGGGACCUCGAGCUAAGGAGCGCAACACCACAGCCACUAAACCACCGUAGUGAGCUAUAGAAAUUCAACAAAGUGAUUAAAGAAUAAAGCGUUAGUGCGAGAAAAUUACCAUGAUGCAUCAUUCGAAAAUUCAACAGUAGGGCACAGCGAAUUCGAUUCAAGAAUUGCACAGAGAAUAAAGGAUGGAAGAAAACAUCCGUGAACAUUUGGCAGUAAAUAAUGUCACAGUCGUCUUAAAAAAAAAAGACCGAUGGCCUCAUGAGCGACCAAAACGUGUGAAACGAAGCAUUAUUAUUUUUCAUAUAUUACCAAGAAUGAAAAAAUGAAUUCUCGAGUUCGAAAGCGUGGCUUGCAGUCAGUGAAGAUCGCGGAUAAAUAAAGAAAAUGAAAAAAAGGAGCAAAGGUGGCGUUAGGAGUGGGAUUACUUGUCAGCUUUGUAUCUUUGUUUUAGCAAUGACAUUCAAUUCAUGUAUGUGUGCAUAGAGCUACACUGAUAUAAGGUUUCUCUGAUGCGCACCGGUCAUUCGACGAGGAAACGCUGCGCGGUUGAGAUGUACUUGUUGAAAGCAUAUAUUAUCAUUGGAGCAGCAUCACUAUGUGGGAAAGCGAACGCCGAGGAUCAAUCUCAAAAAGGAGGUGAGGCUGCCGGCCAUAAAGUCCUCCCUAUUGUAAAGGUGUUCAACACAACUCAGAAAUUAUGGCUGUAUCAGCAAAAUUACUCAAACGAAAUGGAACUGCCAGAUGGCGUGACUUUAGAGACAACCCUGGUAGAAGAAUGCGUAUUUUUAAAGAAGCAUAAUAUUACCCAGGAAGACUACCAUUACUGGCGAAGCUCAAACAUAGCGAACCAGUGGGUUAAGAGCCACUACUACGGAACAUUUUUUUCAGAUGACGAAAAUGAACUUGGCUCCAUGAAUGUUUCUGACCUUUCAGGAAACGAUACAACCCCAUUUGAAGUAAUGAAGCUCAUGUAUACGGAAAGAAAUUGCAGCGUGUUCUUCGUAACACCACUGACAGAGGACGCUCAAACAGGGUGUGAACUCUACGUCCGAAACAAGGCAGUUUCGCACGGGCUGCCACAAAACUGUUCGGAUUAUUACAACAAGAACUGUAACACAUCGAUUCCUGUGUACCACUCAGGGUGUCAAGAUGUAACGAUAACGUCGUAGAAGGAGCGCUGAAGUCAAAGAAAAAAUAAUGUGACUCAUAAAGAAAACCCCUACGCGCGUCCCUAAAUAAAGCCCAUUAACUCGGCAAGACAUCCUCCUAUCAUCAAACCUCUUCAAAAAAUUGAAGCAUAUUACCACACCGCUAUGUUUGCGAAAUGGAUUCAGUUAAUUUCAUUUAUCAUCACCUUAAAUGCCCGAAAGCUUUACACAAGUGGGGGAAGGCAAUACAAGCACAUGUA